AUGUACGGUGUACCCACGGAUCAUGCCUUACGCGCGUGGAAGGACUGCCCCUUCGUACGCAUGGGAUUGCUUCUCCCCGAAGAAGCGAUAUCGCUUGUCGACAGGUUCUUCAUGCACAUGGCUCCACAAUCCCAGAUCCUCGAUGGCUUUUUCGCCGAUCAUGAUAGCCAUCACAUCCUGGUCUCUCACGAAAAGUUUCUCAGCUGCGCCAUCUUGACCGUGUCCUCGCGCCAUCAUCACCUCGGGGGCACGAGAGGGGCCUCAAGGUGUCAGCUGAUCCACUUCCGACUCUGGGAAUACUGCCAACGCUUCAUCACACAGCUUGUAUUUGGAGAAUCGGAUUACUUUGGCUCAGGGUUACGCACGCUAGGCACCGUCGAGGCAUUGCUUCUGCUUCUUGAAUGGCAUCCGCUCCCGCUUUUGACACCGAUGCCUUUGGAGGAUUGUACAGACUCUCACACAUGGGAACCGCUACAGACAAGUGACAGCUCAUCAGCUGCCAGAACUGCGCCUCAAGUACUGGCCAAAGAAGUUGCUGACAGGGCGAAGAAGUCUGACAGGUUCUCCCUCAUGAUUCUAAGCUGCGCCAUCACCCUUGCCAACGAGCUGUGCAUCAGUGGCAACGUUGACAGCGAGCCCUACUCAAUAAAAAUAAACCCAUACCAGCAUGAACUUCGACUGCGGAAACGGCGAUCACCCCUUUGCAAGGUGCUGUACGUUUACAGCGAGCAUCUGUUGAUGCGCACUGGUUCCAAGCAAUUGGUCCCACGAAAUGCGUACCUCGGCAGCAUCACUACGAAAGAAUCACAAGAGAUUAUUGACGAAUCGUUCGACCAGUUCAUGGAUGCACGUUCGGAGCUCGCACGAGUUUCCAGGAUGGUAUUCGAUACCCUCCCCCCCUCAACCACUGUUGACCAAGUCUAUCUCCAGUCGGCACGUUGCACGGAGAUGGUGGAUCAUUUCCUUUGUGUUCUGGAUACAUGGGAAAGGAGAUUUCUAGCAAGCUUUGCAUCUGGCGAAGCCGUCAAGGUCGACGCUCAGCGUGAGGAUAUUAUGAUCGCCGAGCACCAAACGGUCAAGAUCAUCACAGCCUCUGCGGGUCUCCGUGCCCUCACUCGCCACAACACGAGCCUUUGGAGUCAAGAAGAUAUUGCUACUUCCGACAUUCUUGCCGGCCAGCGGCAAUAUGCACGUGUUAUAAUUGACGCAUCGCUCGAGAUUCUCCAUCUAGCAACGCGCCUAGCGCAGCACAAUGCCCUCGUGUACGGAUCCGAGAACCUCUUCAUGCGCAUCGCACUCGCCUCCGCAUUGAUCGUAGUGGCUCUAGGUUUCGAAAUCGAAAAGGCCAAGCUGGUAGCAUCUCGCAGUGCCCUUGAACAAGUCAUUGAGGCUCUCAAGAAGGAUGAACCUGACGACCUCCAUCUAGCUUCAUAUUACGCGGCUUUACUGGAGCAAUGCCUCAGCUCCAUUCCUCCGAUCACCGAGAAAUCUUCUAUGCCUCUACAGGGAGUCGUUCUUGGCGACGCCGGACACUGGAGCGCACCGACGUGCAAUAGCAACUUGAUGGAGAAGCAUACGGAUCCGGAGCGACGCCCCUUUGCCUAUGGAGCAAUAGGACCACAGGAUGCACUUGGUACCCAGGAAAACCCAACAAGUGGCGGUUUCUCCAUUCCGAUGAGUCCGUACCUCAUGAAACUGGUGGAUGGUACAGCCUAG